CUCCUGUGUGCACCUGAAAGACAAGAAAAGGCAGCAUGGACGUAAGUACCUCGUCAAAUCAGAUCUCCACACCGCACUCUGACGCUCUGUGUGGCAGCUGCCCGUCCUCUGGUUCUGCCCCACAGGCUAACAGCCUUUGGCCGAGCCUGCCGCAGUCUGGACCGGGCUUCCCUGCAUGGCCAGGACAGCCGGGACAGUCCACUCAGCCAGCACCGUGCUGGACCGGCCAGCCCAACAGCCCCUGCUGGCCUGGGACUCAAGUCCCCGCACCUAUUUCAUUUCCAACACCGGCUCAGGCCAUAACACCAGCCCCUGCACCUUCCACGACCGUAGUCCAAGCUCCAGCUCCGGCUUCAGGGCAGCCCUGCCAGCCCUGCUGGCAAGGCACCCAGUACGCGACUCCCCAGUACCAAACUCCCCAGUACCAAAUUCCCCAGUACCAAGCUCCCCAGUACCAGCAACCUCAGUACCAGACUCCCCAGCCACCAGCUCCGAUUCAAACUCAAGUCCCUGCUCAAGUCCCUGUUCAAGUUCCAGCUCCAACUUUGACUCCACACCCAGUCCCAGCACCUGCUCCAUCAUCCAGCAGCCACCCAAACAUACCAGGGUGGCCCGGCCGCCAGGGUUGGCCUUAUAACCCGGGACAGUCCGGAUGGCCUGGACAGAAUCCGUCCAUCAUGCCUCCACACUGGCUUCCACCCACAUCUGGACCUCUGAGUGUCCCCUACAAUCUGAACCUGGCCAGAGGAGUUUACGACAAGAUGAUGAUGACCAUCCUGGGCCAUGUCAAACCUAACGCGAAAAUGUUCACAGUGAACUUCCUGAGAGGCAACGACAUCGCCCUCCACAUCAACCCCCGCUUCAGUGAGGGGGGCAAACAGGCGCUGGUCCGUAACCACAAAGUGGGCGAGCGCUGGGGCCAAGAGGAGCGGGACCUGAAGGGACCCUUCCCCUUCGCUCAAGGGAGCCCAUUUGAGAUGAAGAUCCUGUGCACCCUCGAGGCGUUCAGGGUGGCGGUCAACAACAUCCCGCUGUUUGAGUUCCGACACCGAGUCAGAGAGCUCAACCAGAUCGACCGAAUCAACAUCCUGCACGAUGUCGUCCUGACCUGCGUCAACGUGGAGACGCUGCCAUGAAGCACACUGUUACU